GAACAAAGGGAAAAGUUGGGGGAUUUAUUCUUUAAGCAAAUCCCUUUAUCAAAGUUCCUGCCUUGCAUUCUACGUCUCUCUUCUCCUCUUUUUGGUCCUCUCCAAAUUUAGAAGUUGCUUCCAUUUUAAAAAAACGCCUGCAUAUCCUUGCAUUUUGGGUGCAGACACUAAACCUUAUACGUAAUGUCUCAUAGCUUGCCCGCCUAGGGAAAGAGGGUGCGAAAAGUGGAGAUACUCUCUGGAUAUUAGUGUCAAAGUCACAAUGGUUAAGUCUCUUCUCCCUAGGCAAAGUGCAGAGGACUACGUAUGUGUUGGCUAGUUUGGGUGGAUAAUUCGGGAACUUCGGUUCAUUCCAACAACUCAGAUGCUGAGAUUUUAGUGGGUAUGCAAGGCUAUGGAUGUUCGUCGCUUUAGUGAAGGAGAUAUGGAUAGCAGCGCAAGUAGAAGCAGUGGCAACGAGAGGGAGAAUGCCAUCUUGAAUUCCAAGGCUGAGUCUUGUUGUGGCCAGUUCCGAAAUGGCUCUAACCCUUGGAUGGCCAGAUAUUUGUAUGCUUUGAUGUUUCUAGUUUGUAAUCUACUGGCUUGGGUUUCUCGGGAUUAUGGCUAUGGUGCCCUCAAAGAAAUGGAGAGAUUAGAAGGAUGCCACGGUGCACAAGAUUGUUUGGGCACAGAAGGAGUCUUGCGGGUCAGCUUGGGAUGCUUCACCUUCUACUUACUAAUGUUUCUAUCAACUGUCUGCACGUCAAAGUUGCAAGAGCCUAGAAAUGCAUGGCAUUCCGGGUGGUGGUCAGUCAAGACUGUCCUCUUGAUUACCUUGAUUAUUGUCCCCUUUCUGGUUCCUUCAGCCUUUAUCCGGAUCUAUGGAGAAGUCGCACAUUUUGGUGCCGGGGUUUUUCUUCUCGUUCAGCUUGUAAGUAUAAUCAGUUUCAUCAUGUGGCUGGACGAUUGCUGUCGCUCUGAUAAAUAUGCGGAGAAGUGCUACAUCCAGAAGAUAUUACUUGCAGCUACUGCAUAUGUUGUUUGCAUUGGGGGGAUCAUCUUAAUGUACAUCUGGUAUGCACCGGACACAUCCUGUCUACUUAACAUUUUCUUCAUCACUUGGACUCUUGUGCUACUGCAACUCAUGACCAGCGUCUCUCUGCACCCUAAAGUCAAUGCCGGCUUCUUGAUUCCUGGUCUCAUGGGACUCUAUGUUGUGUUUAUCUGCUGGUGUGCCAUUCGGAGUGAACCGGCGGGAGAAAGUUGCAACAGGAAAGCUGAAGCUUCCCACAGUACUGACUGGCUCACAAUCAUAAGCUUCAUUGUAGCGAUGCUUGCCAUUGUCAUUGCUACCUUUUCAACUGGAAUCGACUCCCAAUGCUUUCAGUUCGUGAAGACUCAAGAGAGAGCUGCCAGUGACGUCCCAUAUGGCUACGGCUUCUUCCAUUUUGUUUUCGCCACAGGAGCGAUGUACUUUGGAAUGCUGUUUAUUGGCUGGAACAGUCACUACCCAAUGAAGAAGUGGACCAUUGACGUGGGAUGGACGAGCACUUGGGUCAAAAUCGUCAACGAGUGGGUCGCAGUCUGCGUUUUCAUAUGGAUGCUCGUAGCACCAGUUGUGUGGAAGUGCAGGCAAGCUGGCGGAGCCACAUGAGCAGUCUGGAAGUUCCAAAGCUGCAGUUACAUAAAAGUAAUGCAUGGCGUCAUCCAACUUGUGCAGAUGCAAUAGUAUAUUGAUCCCUCGAGUACCCCACCGGAUAAUUCGGUGGAUAGAGUAGGAAGCAGUUGAGCGGUUCUGGCCCAGGAUGAAAGAGUUUGACGACGCGAAACGCCUCCUGGCUUUCACUUUUGCCGAUGUCAUAGCUAGGAAGCCAACUACGUUGGUUAAAUUAGUGCAGAAUCUUGCUGCUGUUUCGGCUUACGCAAGAACAGAAAGGAUACAUAGUGAUAGUAUGCCGCAUCACGAUUCACACCCGUGAUUCAUUCAUGAUGAUGUAGAUUGCAUUCAUGGGUUCGCAUUCGGAAGUUCUUCAUGAUAGAGACAUACAAGAUCGCCAAGGAAAUUAUUCGAACAUAAGCUCGAGAAGAGAUUCCGGGUGCUUUUGAUUCUUGUUA